AUUGCUUUUAAAACAGACAGUUUGGGAGUGCUGCAGGAUAGUCAGGAGCGCUGUGGGAAGGCAAGAGGUGGCCCGGGAUGCCGGUGAUGGGGGAAGAAAAGAGAAGCCUCGAAAAGCUUGGAGGCAAAAUCGCGCUUGGGUUCCUGGUCCUUGCAUCUCUCCUGCCUUGAGUGCAAGAGAACACUUUUCUGUUUUAAGACUCGGCUUGGAAGAAAGCCUCCGUCCCAGGGGAGGAGAGGCGUCUGCAGGGGGCCGAGACCGCCGCUACCUGCCCGGUGCGCCCCCCACCCCAGGCGCUCUCGGUUUUGUCCCCCCUUUCUCCCCCGCCCCCACCUCCUUAUUGGUGCUGGUUUGCAGCGCUCGGCUCCUGCGCCUUCGCUUCGUGUUUGAAUCUGGCUCGCCCCUCCGUAUUAUGUCUGCACUCCGAAGGAAAUUUGGGGACGAUUACCAGGUAGUGACCACCUCGUCCAGCGGCUCGGGCUUGCAGCCCCAGGGGCCGGGCCAGGGCCCGCAGCAGCAGCUUGUGCCCAAGAAGAAGCGGCAGCGCUUCGUGGACAAGAACGGCCGGUGCAAUGUGCAGCACGGCAACCUGGGCAGCGAGACGAGCCGCUACCUCUCGGACCUCUUCACCACCCUGGUGGACCUCAAGUGGCGCUGGAACCUCUUUAUCUUCAUCCUCACCUACACCGUGGCCUGGCUCUUCAUGGCGUCCAUGUGGUGGGUGAUCGCCUACACCCGGGGCGACCUGAACAAAGCCCACGUCGGCAACUACACGCCCUGCGUGGCUAAUGUCUAUAACUUCCCCUCCGCCUUCCUUUUCUUCAUCGAGACGGAGGCCACCAUAGGCUAUGGCUACCGCUACAUCACCGACAAGUGCCCCGAGGGCAUCAUCCUCUUCCUCUUCCAGUCCAUCCUGGGCUCCAUCGUGGACGCCUUCCUCAUCGGCUGCAUGUUCAUCAAGAUGUCCCAGCCCAAGAAGCGCGCGGAGACCCUGAUGUUUAGUGAGCACGCGGUGAUCUCCAUGAGGGACGGAAAACUCACGCUCAUGUUCCGGGUGGGCAACCUGCGCAACAGCCACAUGGUCUCCGCGCAGAUCCGCUGCAAGCUGCUCAAAUCUCGGCAGACACCUGAGGGUGAGUUCCUCCCCCUUGAUCAACUUGAACUGGAUGUAGGUUUUAGUACAGGGGCAGAUCAACUUUUUCUUGUUUCCCCCCUCACGAUUUGCCACGUGAUCGAUGCCAAAAGCCCCUUUUAUGACCUAUCCCAGCGAAGCAUGCAAACUGAACAGUUCGAGAUUGUCGUCAUCCUAGAAGGCAUUGUGGAAACAACUGGGAUGACUUGUCAAGCUCGAACAUCAUACACUGAAGAUGAAGUUCUAUGGGGUCAUCGUUUUUUCCCUGUAAUUUCAUUAGAAGAAGGAUUCUUUAAAGUCGAUUACUCCCAGUUCCAUGCAACGUUUGAAGUCCCCACCCCACCUUACAGUGUGAAGGAACAGGAGGAAAUGCUUCUUAUGUCAUCCCCUUUAAUAGCACCAGCCAUAACUAACAGCAAAGAAAGACAUAAUUCUGUGGAUUGCUUAGAUGGACUAGAUGACAUUAGUACAAAACUUCCAACUAAGCUGCAGAAAAUUACUGGAAGAGAAGACUUUCCCAAAAAACUCUUGAGGAUGAGUUCUACAACUUCAGAAAAAGCCUACAGCUUGGGAGAUUUGCCCAUGAAACUUCAACGAAUAAGUUCAGUUCCUGGCAACUCAGAAGAAAAACUGGUAUCUAAAACUACCAAGAUGUUGUCUGAUCCCAUGAGCCAGUCUGUGGCUGAUUUGCCACCAAAGCUUCAAAAGAUGGCUGGAGGAGCAGCCAGGAUGGAAGGGAAUCUUCCAGCCAAAUUAAGAAAAAUGAACUCUGAUCGAUUCACAUAACAAAACACCUCCUUAGACUUUAUUUACUGUUUGGUUUAGUAAUAGUCCAAUAUUUGGCAAAUGAGGUAAUCCUCUCUAAGGAAUCUGAAAAUACCUUUCCCCCCAAGUCAUAUAUACACAUUUGAGAACCUUUCCUUCCCAAGUAUUGCUACUGUGCAGAAAGCAAAAGUCGUGAAGGGAGGACAUCAUAAGGAAGUUCUUAUUAAUGGGCAUGUAUUAUCACAUCAAGCAUGCAAUAAUGUGCAAAUUUUGCAUUUAGUUUUAUGGCAUGAUUUAUAUAUGGUAUAUUUAUAUUGUAUAUUCUGGAAAAAAAAAUAUAUAUAUAUAUAUAUUUAAAGGGGUGGUACUCUCCACAACAUUUCUAACAUAUGUAUUAAGCCAAACAUGAGUGGAUAGCUU